UGAAAAAGAUACGUAAUAACGGCUUCUCACCACCCGUCCAGCUCCAGCCCAGUUGGGCCAUCCGAGCCGCCUCAUCAGACCACUCACGUAGACUUUGUCACCCGAAAGGCCUCAAACUGCGUGAUUUCUUCCUCGAAUGCCCAAUUCAAGCUUGCCAAGGCGUUACUGACCCCAGCCGGCCGGUCAUUGAGGGUCCUUCUUUAAUCUUAUCAAUCAGUAGAUGCGGUAGAUCGGGGUGACUGCCCAGCAAUCAUGUGGUCAUGCCGACGACCAUCACCUGAGCGUCGUCGGGAGCCUUGACCCCUCCUCAUCCCAGUAACUCGCCUCUGCGGCAACAGCAUAACAACGUGAUUACCGCCAUAUUUCUUGUCUUUACAAUACAGAUAGAGCCUUCCAUCAUGAAGCUGUCCGUCCUUGGUAGCCUAGCUGGUGCCUUUGCAGCCGUGGCGGCCGACGCCCACCACCCGUCGGCUCUGUUCCACAACGACGCCAAUGCUGCUGCCCACCGAAUUCCAACCAGCCAUGAGUCGGCCGUCAUGGGACGCCGCAUCCUCGGCCUUUCCAAGCUAGGCGAGCUGUCCACCGUCUUUCCUACCAAAAGCCAGGAUGACCUGGCGGGCGUCCCCAUCGGCCUGAUGGACUACGUUGGCGACUGCGAGGACGAGGGCAACCCUACGUUGCUAGCCAUCAAGAUCGCCACCAGUUUCAGAAACGUGGAAGCUGGCUCGAACAUCUCCCUGUCUAUGCGCUGGAUCCCGCCGUACCCUCCCGCCCGACGCAUCUCCUACUUUUCGCGGCUCACAGCCUUUCUGACCGGGGAUGCGUCCUACAACGAGGCGGCCAACGCGACGCCCGAUCCGGUGCCUUAUUCGGCCGCCAACCUGCCUCGCUUCUCCCUGAUGGGGUAUCUAGAGCCCAUCAACCCCGAGCCGGUCGAGGCAGUCCGCCUAGCUGCAUGCUUCACGGGCCAGCACCGCGAUGCAAAGUGGUGGCUGCCCGGCAACCCGAUCCACGAGAGCUCCUGGGCGAGGCUGGUGGUGACGCACGUGUACUGGAUUGGAGGCUUUGGCGACAGAGCCUACAUUGGCCCUAUUCCGCUGGAGCAAUGGAAGAAUGUUACCAAGGAGGAGUGGUCCAGCAUCAAGCUUCCUGGUGAGGAGAAGGGCUGGAGCGAGUGGAGCGUCGGUGCCAGCGAUGAGCUGUAGUCAGGCGUCCGGACGAGUGACCGAUCAUCCAACCGGACGGAUGCUGUCCAUAGUCUUGCAGUAAUACCACAGUCGCCUUUCAAGACAGUCAGCUUGGCCACGGCCUGAACUUCUCCGUGAUGCGGACCCAGAAAGCAAUGUGGUGGCACGUCACUUGGCAUGCAUGGUUAUCCACCACAGCACCUCGCUGUCGUGUCACGAGAGGUGCAUAAAGGCUCACGAGUAAUACUUGGGCAUCAGAUCACCGUAGUAUCUGUCUAUCAUCACUCUAUUUAGAGGUACCGUGCCAGCUAUCACACGCCAGCUCGUUGAAACAUAGGGCACAUUUCGUUCUGGGUAGGG